AUGGCCGUAUUUACGCUUUCUGCUCAAGUUAAAAUUGGCUCUAAAGCAGCGGCACAAUUUUUUUAUCGUCAUGCAAAGUUUUGUGCUUCCCACCAAGUCCUGGUGAUUGUUCUGGCGAUCCUCAUUGUCUUACCCCUGUGUUAUCCCGCUUUUGAUGCUUACUACUUAAAUCCCGUCAAAGAUGUUAGUCAUGCGUUCUUUUGGGAGGUACCUUCAUCUAGAUUACAAGUAACAAAGGAUAAAUUUGUUGAGAAAUGUGGCACUCAACCUUCUUUCUUUGUAGAGCAGAUUGUUAUUAAAAAAACAGCUGAUCCAAAGAAACAUAAAGGCAGUGGUGCAAGUGUUUUGGAAAAAGAUUUAUUAUUGUGGACUUUAAGUUUGCAAGAAAAAAUCGCGAAUGCAAUUGUAAUGCAUCCUAACCAGCUUUCAGAUACACCCCUUUUGACCAGCAAAAAAUAUUCACUUUCGGAUUUGUGUUUUAAGCCUUUUGAUAGUAAUAUAUGUUUGAUUCAUUCGCCACUUGAAUAUUGGUCGAAUAGUGCCGACCAUCUUUCUUCCGAUCCUUCUAUUCUCACAACACUAUCAAGGACAAACAAAACAUCUCGUGUAAUGAACAUUCCUUUAAAUUCAGUCUUUGGAAAUGUCAUAUAUGAGAAAAGAUCCAUUACUAGUGCAGAUUCGAUCAUUUUAACCUAUUUUUUAAAAGAUAUGGAUGAUUGCAAUGAAGGUCAAACAAUAGCAAUUUGGGAAGCAAUUUGGCGACAAGUUAUAGAUGAAAUUGGCACUGAUUUCUAUCUUGGUGGCGAUCGCAUUACAAGUGUAAACAUGAAUAAUCAGGGUGAAUUAAAAUAUUUAUCUUUUAGAUUAGAUCAUAAUAAUUCUCUAGAAUCUUCGGCAGAAUGGGCUCUUCUUCUGUUGGCAUACUUAAUUUUUUUUCUUUACAUCAUCAUUUCAACGGAUCGUCUUAAUUUCGUCAUGUCUAAAUUUGGUCUUGCCUUCUCAACUGUGGCUCAAGUGUUUGCCUCGUUAAUUAUGUCACUUAGUAUCUGCUCUCUAUUUGGUGUCACAUUAACAAUUGUCUCCGUAUCUUGGAAACUAUUGCCUUUUGUUUUUAUCCUGGUCGGUGUUGAGAAUAUGUUUAUUUUAACAAAUGCUGUAACAGCGAUUCCCAUGCAAUUGAAUGUAAAAGAACGUGUUGCCAGAGGUCUGGAAAAAGUUGGAUAUUCAAUUACAAAAACACUAAUAAUUUGGCUCUUAAUAUUGCUGAUAUGUUCGGCAAUAAAUAUUGAGUCGAUUCAAGAAUUCUGCAUUUUUACCUCGAUUGCUAUGAUUAUUGAUUAUAUGCUACAAAUGUCGUUUUUCAUAGCGACUUUAUCUAUUGACCUUGAAAGAUUAGAACUAGAGAUGUCCAAUUUAUUUAAUAAUCGCAUUGGAGAACCGGAUAGCGACGAUAAAGAUGUUAUUCCGCUUUCAAAAACAAUCAAUUAUGGCCGUAGGAUCGGUAGUUCAUUGGUGGUUCUCAUUUUCAUGGUAGCUGUAACCAAUGUUUAUCAAUCCAAUAUUGAUUUGCCACCUCUCAAGUCUGCAUUGGCCUUUGUUGGUGAUGCUCUAAUUUUUCCUGAUACAUGUACAAACGUCACAUAUUGGGAAACAUCAAAGGCUAUCACUGCUGAUAAAUUUUGGGGCAUUGUUAAUCCGGACCAAAAAAAUCAAUUUGCUGAAAUUAGACCUUCUAGACAUUUAACAUUGUCUUAUGAAGCUACACAGGAAAUUCAUGAUAACGGGAUCUGUAUAGUCGAUGGUAGUGGUGUUAACUGGAAAUUAAUUACAAAUAAAUCUAUAAAAGCUUUCAUUUGGGUUCUCAAAUUCACUGUAUUUCCUGCUACCGGUAUUGCGUUUACAAUAUCUUUCUUGGUAGGCUUUUUAUUACCAGAGGAUAUGGUAAUUCGAGCUGCAAGAUUGUCAAAAAAAAAAAGAAAUAAGGUUGAUAGAAUCAUUUUACCUGCAUCUUCAUCUUUCGGAAGAUCUACUUUGUGUGUUACCACGCCACGAGUUGUAACUUUGCGUGGUCAUCAUUUAGCUGAUAUUGAUUUAAUUUGUUCGAACUUGAGAGGUAUUAUAGUUACAACUGCUGCUGACAGACAUAUUACAUCAUGGAAUGGAAAGAAAGGUAUGCCAUUAAAAAAACUUGAAAGAUUUAUGCGACGUUGUGAGUUGUGCAAAUGUAGUACCAUUGGAGGGAUAAAAAGUUGUAUUUCAUGGCCGGUUCGGGCAAUGUGCAUGAAUGAAAAUAUUGAGGUUGUGGCGGCUGGGUUUGAAGAUGGCGUAGUGCGAGUAUGGGAUAUAAACUCAGGACAAGCUACCUAUAUUUUGAAAGAUACCGUUGAAGAUGUCGAACAAGCGACGUCGUCCAAUGGUCAUUCAAAUGGUCAUUCAAAUGGUCAUUCAAAUAGUCAUUCAAUAAAAGAACGAGUUAUGUGCUUGCAAAUUAUAGUACCAACUUCCCAUUCUAAGAUACCUAAUACACCGACUCAUGAACACGGAUACUCUUACUGUAUGUCUAAAUCAAUAUCGGAUCAAAAAAUACCAGCCAUACUUCUUGCAACCUACCGAAAUGGGUAUUUUAAAGAAUGGGAUCUCGCUUCUGGUCAGAUUACUCAUACAGUUGACACAAAUCAAAAGGGUGGCAUUAGCUGUCUUUUGGUAGUUGAUGAUGGUGAACAAAAUUACAAUAAAAAUGAGUUACGUAUUUUUACCGGAGCACGAGACGGAUCUGUCAAAUGCUGGGUUAGAACAGUUGAAGAUUUGGACAAUGAAUCCGAUAAUACUAAUUCAGAUUGUAAUGAAUCACACAAGAGCAUAUGGAAGUUGUUCUACACAAUACCAGGAGAAUUUGGAAACGCAAUUACUAGUGUAGCUGCUAAAGUAGUCAAAACCCAGAAGGGAUGUAUUGGUAUCGUUGUUACUGGAACUUCGGAUGGGGAGGUCAGAGUAUAUGAUUACCUUACAGGAAAAUUCAUAACGAGAUUAAGUUAUGGAAUUUCUGAAAAACAGAGGCGCGCAAAAGAGCGAGAAGAGCAAUUAUUGCAGAAACAAUUAUUAUUUCAGCAACAACAGAAUAAAACUAAGAAUUCUUUACGAAAAUCGUACAUAAGCCAACAGGAUUUAUCUGACUCGGAACAAGAUUGGUCUGAAGAGUACGAUGAAUAUGAAUUUUGGGACGAGACUGACGAAACUGAAGAUUGCGUUUCCCAUGAGGGUGCGAUUACCAACAUUAUAAUUCACCCACUGAAAGAAGAGAGCUGUCCUUGUGGAAAUACCGAAGAGACUGGUGGAUUUUCGAUAACGACUUCGUCAGCGGAUGAAAAAAGUGUAUUUUUGGCAACUAAUUCGAAGUGUUAUGGAUU